AUGGAGUCCAAGAAUACUCCAACUGCUAAUACUCCGCUUCUUGUAGAAGUACAUGACAGACUGGGUUAUUUUGCAUUGGGACGAAAGGAAGAAAAAGAGGACGAGGAAGAUCUAAAUCAGAAACAACAAGGGGGAGAAGAAGAGAGAUUGAUUCAUUCUCAAGAUUUGGUGACGGCGCUGGAGUCAGGGUUGGUGCGAAAAGAUAGUUUGCAACCAAUUGUGCAUGAUACUAAAAAUCUUCCGUCCACUACGAGACAAGAAGACCAAGGAACGGUGCUUCUACCUUGUUCCAACUAUGGAGCAAGUUCAAGAAGCAAUAAAUAUAUUGAGAGAGAAGAAGAACCCAUAAUCACUGAGGGGGACUCAACAUCAUCGUCUCAAUCGCAGUUGCAUCCUCCAGUCACUUAUUCUGACACAGAAUAUUUGAAUUCUGACAUUGUCUACACAAUUCCCGGCUCACCAGGGCUGCCAGGUAGCUUACAUUCCAGGACCUCACUGGCCCAAGUGUAUGGUUUCAAUGACUGGAUUGCAGAUUUGCUAGAACGGUGGAUAAUCUCGAUAAUAAGGAGAUAUUAUACUCCACAAUUUGCACACAUAUUUGGCAUCGUAUUAACUCUCGCGCUCAUUUUUGCUAUCCUCAUACUUUACUUUACCGGGAAUAUCGAUAUCUUGGUAAGAUUGGCCCGACACUUGAUUUGUGAAAUCAUACGUCAGAUACAAGGUGAUGCUACCGAAUUUGGGUUUUGCUACGCUAAGUGA